UUGUGCACUGCGCUGCUCUUGCUGUGUUGUGCCUACGGGUGCAUUGCAGCUGUUGUGCAGCCGCUACCGCAGAAAGGACAGGGUCCCUGGGAUGCGUACGUUGUCUCUGCUCCGAAAACUGUUGAUGAUGUACCUGAGAAGAAAGACUUUCAACCCAUUCGUUUUGCUGUUUCUGCCAAAGAAGUGGAUAGGGUGUUAAAGUACUGUAAACAGUGGAAAAAAGAUCCUUCGGCUAAAGACGUAUAUGAUAAUGAAUAUGGAUUUACACUUGAGGUUGCAAAUAGUAGAUUCCAUUUCUGCAAGGAGGACAGCAAGAUGACAGCUGCAAAGAAAAGAAUUCUUUUGAUGGAUGUUCUUCCUGCUGCUCUCAAGUUACACAGUGAACGU